CGACAAAAUUAUUGAAAAUUCGGAUCUCGCAGAUAUCUGGGAGCUUCUGAAAAUUAAUUUCAACAUACAGACAGACAUCUCCCGGGGACAUGUUUCCUCUAGUCGGCCGGAACUAUAAAUUGGUGUUUACAGUCUACUGCCUGGCAUAGUCCAUGCAUAGAUUGAAAAGAGGUCUAACCAGAGAACCACAUAAUCUAGUCCUACGGGUGGCCAAUAUUUCGGGAUAUGUUCGGUACUGUUUUGAGAAUGUCCAAGUAAUAUUUCUACCGAAAAACACAACUUCUCUACUACAGCCCUUAGACCAGGGAAUUAUUUCAACAUUUAAAACGCUUUAUAUUAAACGUGCAUUUGCAUAUAUUUUGAAGCAAAUUUAUAAUAAUACAUGUGUUGAAGUAAUGGAAGCAUGGAAAAAAUUUACAAUAUUAGAUUGUUUAAAAUAUGUAGGAUUAUCAUACACCGAAAUAAAAAAACAACUCUUAAGGGAUUCUGGAAAAAAUUAUGGAUCGGAAUAUGUGAUAAUAAUAAUUGUGAUGAUCUUUUAGAACAUGAACGAACACAAAUAAUUGAUUUAGCCCGAACAAUUGAAGGUGAAGGUUUUGUUGACUUUGUUAAUGGAGAUAUUUUUGAACUAAUGGUUGACAAAGAAUUGGAUGUAGAUGAACUAGUUGGUACAGUUAAUGAAACUGAUGAAGAAAAUAAUGAGUCUGAUGAAGAUGAUUCACAAAGCGUUGAAAUGACAUCACAAAAUAUUUCUGAAGGUCUUGAAUUAGGCCGGAAAUUAGGAAAUCAUUUUCUACAAUAUGAUCCAAAUGUUGAAAGAGCUCUUAAGUUCCAAAAAUACAUUUCUCAAGGCUUGACCCAAUAUCGGGAGAAAACAUUGAGGUAUCGAGCGAUGAUCCGUCACCGAGCGAUGAAAUACAAUUAGUUGUCGAAGAAAGUCAUGACGAAUAAAUAUGUGUAGGUACAUAUACUGAAAUUGGUUGAAUAUAACUUUUUUUGCUUAACAGUUUAUGUAUUGAUUUUUUGCUAAUAACAUUUAUAUAUGUAUAUUUUUAUUUUGUUUCUCUUAUUUGUAUUGCCUUUAAUAUUAAGUUUUAUGAAUUUCAUAACUAUUUUGGUUGUUAAAUAAAAUGAAAUUAUUUUCUUGUGUUUGCUUUGUUACGUUAUUCCCAUUAAAACAAAUAAAAUUAUAUUAAAAAAUUUCUA